CUGCACUCCCGGCGGGCGGCACUGGGGGCAGCAUGGAGUCGGUCCCUGCGGCCCGGUGCUCCUGUACCCCGCUCCAAGCCGGAACCCAGCACCGGGAACCAGGAAGCACCUGAGCUGGGGUGCGGGGUGGGUGGUUGGGAUGGCCGGGCCUGGCUGGGGUCCCCCGCGGCUGGACGGCUUCAUCCUCACCGAGCGGCUGGGCAGCGGCACGUAUGCCACUGUGUACAAGGCCUAUGCCAAGAAAGACACGCGUGAGGUGGUAGCCAUCAAGUGCGUGGCCAAGAAAAGUCUGAACAAGGCAUCUGUGGAAAACCUCCUGACAGAGAUCGAGAUCCUCAAGGGCAUCCGACACCCCCAUAUUGUACAGCUGAAAGACUUCCAGUGGGACAGUGACAACAUCUACCUCAUCAUGGAGUUCUGUGCAGGCGGUGACUUAUCUCGCUUCAUCCACACCCGCAGGAUUCUGCCUGAGAAGGUGGCUCGCAUCUUCAUGCAGCAGUUAGCUAGUGCCUUGCAGUUCCUGCAUGAACGGAACAUCUCCCACCUGGAUCUGAAGCCACAGAAUAUACUGCUGAGCUCCUUGGAGAAGCCCCACCUCAAACUGGCAGACUUUGGCUUUGCACAGCACAUGUCCCCCUGGGACGAGAAGCAUGUCCUCCGUGGCUCCCCCCUCUACAUGGCCCCAGAGAUGGUGUGUCAGCGGCAGUACGAUGCCCGUGUGGACCUCUGGUCUGUGGGGGUCAUUCUGUAUGAAGCCCUCUUCGGGCAGCCCCCCUUUGCCUCCAGGUCCUUCUCGGAGCUGGAAGAGAAGAUCCGCAGCAACCGGGUGAUCGAGCUCCCCAUGCGGCCUUCUCUCUCCCAUGACUGCCGGGACUUGCUGCAGCGGCUCCUAGAGCGGGACCCCAGCCGCCGCAUCUCCUUUCAGGACUUCUUCGCCCAUCCCUGGGUGGAUCUGGAGCAUAUGCCCAGUGGAGAGAGCUUAGCCCAAGCGACCGCACUGGUGGUGCAGGCCGUGAAGAAGGACCAGGAGGGGGAUGCAGCUGCCGCCUUGUCUCUCUACUGCAAGGCCCUGGACUUCUUCGUGCCUGCCCUGCACUAUGAAGUGGAUGCUCAGCGGAAGGAGGCAAUUAAGGCAAAGGUGGGACAGUAUGUGUCCAGGGCAGAGGAGCUCAAGGCUCUCGUCUCCUCCUCCAAUCAGGCCCUGCUAAGGCAGGGAACCUCUGCCCGAGACCUGCUCAAAGAGAUGGCCCGGGACAAGCCGCGCCUCCUAGCUGCCCUGGAAGUAGCUUCAGCUGCCCUGGCCAAGGAGGAGGAUGCUGGCGGAGAACAAGAGGCCCUGGACCUAUACCAGCACAGCCUGGGGGAGCUGCUACUGUUGUUGGCAGCGGAGCCCCCUGGCCGGAGGCGGGAACUGCUUCACACUGAGGUUCAGAACCUCAUGGCUCGAGCUGAAUACUUGAAAGAGCAGGUCAAGAUGAGGAAUUCUCACUGGGCAGCAGACACACUGGACAAAGAAGGACUGUCAGAGUCCGUUCGUAGCUCUUGUACCUUGCAGUGACCACAGAGGAUGAUUGGACAGACUCUAGGCCACCUGGA